AUGUCCCAACUAUGGGCAGCAGCUGCAGCAAGGAAAAGGAAGAAUGAUUAUACCUCAGGGUCAUCCAGAUGGGUGUCUAACGAACUUAAUAAUCAGUUUAUGAUUUCAUUUCACCUGAUACAUCAAUUCAUUGAGGAAAACCAGAUAUACCAUGAAAGUUUGGGAACAUUAAUGGACGGAAUUUAUCUGGGCACGUUUGAUCCCGAUAUAAUAAGAAAAGAACAAGUACCAGAUCUUACUGAAGCAAAGAGUCCUAUAAAAGAAACUCCGCUACGGCCUAUUUCAGGUCACCUUCAAUCAUCUCAAGCACCAUCAUCACUGCUGGCAGUCAAUACAUCCAAAGCUACAUUUGAAAACACUCAAUCGCACUUUUCAAAUUUGCACAUCGAAUAUCAACCACAACCAACCCUCAAACCGUCACUGAAAGAUUCUGAUGUUGUCGUUUUUGACAAAGCUUCAUCAUAUAAUAACUCUCCAAAUUCCGAGAGUAAAGAUGGCCAAAACAGACAAAGUGAUGGUCUAGAUGACUCGUUUCAAGCUAUCAGCAAGGCUAUUAGAAAAAGCAUUGCAGGGAGAGUAGGUGACACUAUAUUUAAGCAAGACUUGAGCGGGCUGGAUUUGUUACCAAACAGGUCAAGUUCGAAGAGUCAAUAUUCUAAGCUGGAUACUACUAUGCAAUCUUUAAAAUCUGAUGAAAAAUCAUUAGCUCCAAAAACACCCAAAAGUAGAAGUUCAAUGUUUAUUGCAUUGCCCACAAGAGAACCAAUAGUUAUAAAGUCUGUGUCGAGAAGGAAACUGGGCGUUUCGAAAAGACGGACAAUGGAAAACACUAAAAGUUUAAAUUCUGACCAGAAUUCAGUGACACUGAAUACGAAUAUUAAGUCAGAACUAAAUAACACCCCAGUAUCCACCAAGGGAGAGAAACAAAAGUUUGAACAGAUGUCGCCGGUGAAACUACCUGUAGAUAAGAGAGUAUUCCGAGAAAAAGUCCCUAUGUUAAGCACAGGCGAAAAAGAUGAUAAUGGAGAAAAGAAGGUUGAUAAGCUAGUGGAGAGGACAAUGAGAAAAGAGGAGGAACACGUGGAACAUGUUUUUACACUACCAGAAGUUGAACAUGAGAAGCCUAUUGUGUCAGUCACUAGGAAAGUUGAAAAUGAGGAAUCAGUCGUACAAUCUACAGACCCAAAAGAUGUGACCAAUGACACUGUGCUGCCUAGUGGUAUUUGGAGUGCCAUUGGUAAAUAUAGGUCAUUAUCACCAGUAAGAAAACCGUUAUUCAAUAGUAAAACAGAUGACAGUCCCAGGUCAAUACUGGCAUCUACGUCGAGGUCGAGGUCACGAUCUCGAUCAAGAUCCCCCUUGAGAAAAGAAGUUUUGGUACAUCGAAAGAACUCCAGAUCACCUAGGCAUGAACUAUUUCGUGGAAAUAGCCCUACUUCUCCUUCAAAAUUAACAGCAAAUGGAGGUGAAAGUGACCUUAUUAACAGAUUGACAGCCCCAACAAGUUCCAGCGCUGCUAAAUCAAAAUCGCAAAAUCGUAAAACAGACGGCAGAAAGCCUGAAAGAAACAAGUUCUUGACCACAACUUUAAUUCCUACAACUGGUGGAAACAAUAAAGCGAAAGAGGUAUCUCCUAUAAAGUUGAAAUCCGAGCCGUACAGAUUUCCAAAACUUGAAACGAGUAGCAUACCUACCUUAAAAAUGUCAAUGAUGGAGAAAAGGAGUGAGACCACUCUUUCAAAGACUAGGCAAAAAUACAUAAUCAAGCCAACAAACACUUUUAAGCGGAAAUCUGAGCUCGGGAAGGAAAAACAUGAGCAUAGUAUAAUACCGCAACACACACAUUUAAGUGAAGAUCAGAAACUUGAAACCAACCCACAAACGACGUUGGGUUCAACUACACAAGAUAGAAAGAGUGAGCAAAGGAUCAAAAGGAUCAAAACUGCCAAUGGUGUCGCGUUACCGGAAGCUGCUCGUGGAUUGCUAAAUAAGGAUAAUGCUAACAAAAAGAGUAUUGCAUCUGUUGCAAUUACCCCAGCAAGAGAUGAGAUUCGAGUGGGGAACAAUGUGCUUCCAGUUACUCCUACGAGGAUAUCACCAAGGAAUCUACCGGAAAUUGAUUCAGACGAAGAAGGCGACUUUUCUAAAAAAAAGAUUUUGCAACCUUGGGCAGAUAGUCCGAUUCUUCGUAGAAGCAUAGCUGCCAGUAGAAGUAUAGAUCCAGCCACUGUGAUCACCAAUAAUCCAAAAAUUGAUUUACAUGAGACAUUCCAAAGUGUGGUUUCUGCCAAAAGAGGCCAGGAAUCGCCUGCUGCAACUCCAAACAUGCGACAACAAGAAAAAGAUAUGAAGAGAUACUUUCAACAACUGGGAUACAUUCAAUAG